AUGGCUCACAACCACACCAAGGCUCACAACUACCCCAAGGCUCACAACCACACCAAGGCUCACAACCCCAACACUCACAACCCCAAGGCUCACAACCCCAACACUCACAACCCCAAGGCUCACAACCCCAACACUCACAACCCCAAGGCUCACAACCCCAAGGCUCACAACCACACCAAGGCUCACAACCCCAAGGCUCACAACCCCAAGGCUCACAACCCCAACACUCACAACCCCAAGGCUCACAACCCCAACACUCACAACCCCAAGGCUCACAACCCCAACACUCACAACCCCAAGGCUCACAACCAAAACACUCACAACCCCAAGGCUCACAACCCCAACACUCACAACCCCAAGGCUCACAACCCCAACACUCACAACCCCAAGGCUCACAACCCCAACACUCACAACUCCAAGGCUCACAACCCCAACACUCACAACCCCAAGGCUCACAACCACACCAAGGCUCACAACCCCAAGGCUCACAACCCCAAGGCUCACAACCCCAAGGCUCACAACCACACCAAGGCUCACAACCCCAAGGCUCACAACCCCAAGGCUCACAACCCCAACACUCACAACCCCAAGGCUCACAACCACACCAAGGCUCACAACCCCAAGGCUCACAACCCCAAGGCUCACAACCCCAACACUCACAACCCCAAGGCUCAUAACCACACCAAGGCUCACAACCCCAAGGCUCACAACCACACCAAGGCUCAUAACCCCAAGGCUCACAACCCCAACACUCACAACCCCAAGGCUCAUAACCACACCAAGGCUCACAACCCCAAGGCUCACAACCACACCAAGGCUCACAACCCCAAGGCUCACAACCCCAAGGCUCACAACCCCAACACUCACAACCCCAAGGCUCAUAACCACACCAAGGCUCACAACCCCAAGGCUCAUAACCACACGAAGGCUCACAACCCCAAGGCUCAUAACCACACGAAGGCUCACAACCCCAAGGCUCAUAACCACACCAAGGCUCACAACCCCAAGGCUCACAACCACACCAAGGCUCACAACCCCAACACUCACAACCCCAAGGCUCACAACCCCAACACUCACAACCCCAAGGCUCACAACCCCAACACUCACAACCCCAAGGCACACAACCCCAACACACACAACCCCAAGGCUCACAACCCCAACACUCACAACCCCAAGGCUCACAACCCCAACACUCACAACCCCAAGGCUCGCAACCCCAACACUCACAACCCCAAGGCUCAUAACCACACCAAGGCUCACAACUACCCCAAGGCUCAUAACCACACCAAGGCUCACAACUACCCCAAGGCUCACAACCACACCAAGGCUCACAACUACCCCAAGGCUCACAACCACACCAAGGCUCACAACUACCCCAAGGCUCACAACCACACCAAGGCUCACAACUACCCCAAGGCUCACAACCCCAACCCUCAAAAUUAA